AGUCAGCUCUUUAACGGUCGGAGCGCUUCAGUUGCCCACUUUCGUGGUCUUCUUUCCGCUGAAACUGAGUAACCACUGUCUCAGCAUGUCCCACGAACCCGGCAACGAAACAACCGCGAACCACCACUACCAUGGUGUCGAGCAAGUGCCGUCUCGAGCUGUGAGCCGUAUGGAAGAGGAGGAGGGGCUGGAAUCUGACAGCGACAGCGACAACAAUAGCCGCCAGUCUACUGAUCCUUCAAUCGGGCUCGCCGACUGGCUGCUUGCAACCCUUGAUACCUGGCUCCACGAGGUUAUUGCGACAGUAUUCAGCCUGGCCUGCUUUGCUUCCAUCGUCGGUGUUCUGGUAGCGUACGACCAGGAACCAACGCCGAGUCUGUCGUACGGACUGACACUCAACGCCAUCAUUUCUAUCUUAGCCACGGCAUCCAAGUCUUCCCUCGUAUUCACCAUUGGAGAAUGUAUCGGGCAGCUGAAAUGGGUCUGGUUCCACAAAAGUCCGAGGCAGGUGGAUGACAUGCAGUUAUUCGACAGCGCCAGCAGAGGCCCGCUUGGAUCAUUGACGGUUAUAUUCAAGCAUAGGGGACAGUCUCUCGUGUCUCUUGGUGCAAUCGUGAUAAUACUGGCACUCGCCUUUGAGCCGUUUCUCCAGCAGAUCGUGACUUAUCCAAUCCGAAUCACCGCUGAUGCGUCCACCCCCAUCGUCGCUACAGCUAAACAAGUCCCUUAUAUUCUUCCAACUCAGUUAGACUCGCCUGCUUCCAUUGUCUAUAAAGCACAAUGGUCUGAUCGUGAGGGCGAUAUCGAACCCCCAGCUUGCCCCACGGGGAACUGCACUUGGUCACCCUUUGAAUCCAUUGGGUUGUGCCACAAGUGCGAAGACAUCACUGCAUUGACGACAGUCCAAUGUAAACCGGUUUUUCUAAACACAAGCAGGCAGUAUUUGGGCGAGGAACAGUCAUGCUUUGUUAGUCCACCAAAAGGAUACGGCUACGAUAUUACCGUCACCUAUUCAUCCACCACCAGCGACGGCAUAGCGAUAUUUGACAAACGUGACGGGAAUGACCUGUGGUUUGAGGUUAUAUCCCCUCACCACGCAGUGUGGUCGCCGUUCAGCCUCGACGGCCCCGGCCCUGGUCUUACAUUCAACAACUAUACAUAUGCCGGUAUCGCGAACCCUCAGCUGGUCAUGGCGCAUGCGGAAUUCAGUCUCCCAGCGAACUACUCGCUGCGCUCGACUGCCAGGUUAGAUAUAGGGCCGGACUUGAAGGUCACAAAGGCCACGCAGUGCGCCCUGACAGUGUGCCUGCAAGAGUACGAGAUCUCCGUUUCGAACGGCGCUGUUUCAUCCAACACCACUUCAGCUGACUUCGGCGAGAUCCUAUACGUUGACGUCACUAAUGGAAGCGUAUACGCCGAGUUCCCCGAGGAAAAGGCCAAAGAUAGUGAUUCAGGUCGCCUGGGCAGCAUGGGCCUUACCAGAUUCUGGAAACCGGCAAAUAGACCCGGAACCGAUAUCACACUCAGCAACACAUCGUCGAUUUGGCUAAAUGCGUCCGAGUUUGCUUUUGAACCGCCAGCACUUACGGCCUUAUCAACCUAUAUUGGGGGCGACUCCGCGUCUCGUUUGCUGAUAACGCAGAAUUCUUCACAACAAGACCUCGGGUAUGAGGAAACAGACCCAGCUAUUCUCAAAACCAUCGAAAACGGACUCGAGCACACGAUGGGGAAAAUCGCUAGCUCCUUGACACGGUCUGCAAUGAAGCACAGCAACACCCAAGUCAACGGCACCAUAUCCUCGGCGAAAGUCUACGUGUCCGUGAACUGGGCCUGGAUUAUCCUCCCCGCGGCCCUGCAGGCACUGGGCGUGGCUUUUCUGGUGUUGACCAUUUUCACGAAUAGACGGCGACGACUGCAAUUGUGGAAGACGUCGCUCCUGGCUGUGCUUUUCCACGGUCUGGAUGGCUGGAGGAGUGUGGAUGACAGGCACGCAACUGUCAGUCAGAUGGAGUGGGAUGCGCAGGGGUUGGAGGUAGAAUUGAAGGCUGCAGGGGAGGGGAAGGACCUUAUGCUGAGAGGUGUUGAAUCCUAGCAUAUGCAGUAUGAUAACGCAGUGUUGUAGUCUGUAUUAUAGUUAGGGCUCAAUAUAGUAGUCUUGCUAGUGUCAGCUUUGACGGCAAUAUAUGUUAAUUCCAUUAAUUGCACCGCAUCCGAGACUCAGUGCGAC